ACUUAAUUAACAAUUGUACCAAGUUUUGCUCUACAAGAGAAAGCGGUACGCAAUCUGCCUUUGGCUAGUAUUUUUUUUUUCCCCUUCAAAAGAAAACAACCCUUCUGCUCCGUUCCCACCCCAACUUGCCAUUCCGUGUUUCUUUCUUUCCUUCUCUCUCUCUUCCCCUCUGCCGCUGCCUGUUGGUUAUUACCCCAAGUGGUUUCUUUCCUCUCAUAUGAAAGUUUGGCAUUUUCUUCGAUUGACACGAAUUGUUGGUGGACAAAGACGAUCUAGUUGCUUGGUUCGGAGCUGAUGGGGCGGCUUUUUGUGGUGAACCUUGAAGGGAAGAUCUAUAGUUGCAAGCACUGCAGAACCCAUCUUGCUCUUUGUGAAGAUAUUGUGUCAAAGUCUUUCCACUCCAGGCAUGGGAAAGCUUAUCUCUUCAGUAAGGUUAGACUUUUACAUGUUGCAGAGUGAAUGUCACUAUGGGAGAGAAAGAGGAGAGAAUGAUGAUGACCGGGAGGCAUACUGUUGUUGACAUCUUCUGUGUUGGGUGUGGAUCAAUUGUGGGUUGGAAAUAUGAGACCGCCCACGAAAAGGCACAGAAGUACAAGGAAGGAAAAUCUGUCCUCGAGCGGUUUAAGGUGUCUGGCCCUGAUGGAAGCAGUUACUGGGCCAAUCAUGAAGUUUCGCAGCAUGUCGGCGGGAGUGAUGCUGAUGAUGUUUGAUAGUAUGCUGUCUUAACCAUCUGUUACCAAUUGUACAUUCCUAUCUCCCUCCUAAUUUCCUCAUUGUAACUCCUGCAAGAAUUAAACCAACCUGCACAUUCAAACAACUCUGGGGAACUUGAUGUCAGAUAGCUUGGGUGCCAAGAAAACAUUGGAUUGUUGAUUCAUGAUGUAUUAUUAGUUCUUGUCCUUUCCUCAUUUAAAUGUGAAUAUUAUGAUAUUUCAUUUCUGAAUCCCUGAAACCGUCUUAUCUUGUAUUUGUGUUGAUGAUCAUGUUCAUGUACAGGUUUAGCCAUGUCAUUUACACAAUGCAGCACAUGCACAGCUAAUAGCAGCAGUGUCAUGCUACAAGGCAAUUCAAAAAACAAUUGAAUGUUGGACUAAUAAACUAUUAAAAUACUUUUUAAUAUAUGGGGUGAUGUAAAGUUACUUAAAAUUUCAAAUGUAAAACAAAAAAUGUUAGAGUGGAUAUUAUUUAAACUAAUUAAUAUUAUUUUCUAAACUAAUUUAGUUAUAACUAAUAUAAAAUGAAAGAAACUACAUUUUCU